GUGCUGCUGUUCUGCGUCUGGGAUUUUGUGGAUGCAGCAGUCCGGCUGGUUGAGACCAGCUUCAAGGUGGCCGCAGAGCUGCUGCAGAGCCGCUCAGCGGAUGGCUGUUCCAAAGAGAGCGGUCAGGGGCGGACGGAGCUGACGGAGCGGAGCGCCCGACGCUCCGACGGAGCUGAGUCGCCAACGCCGGCAGAUCCCGCUGCCACCAGCUUCGAGGAGAUUUCGAUUGACGAGAACCCGCUCACACAGCGCUUCGACCGUCUGGCAGAUGGGCUGUGGCUGUUCCUAGAUAUCUACGACCGCGUGCGGCGAUUCGGAGAGGAGGAACCCUACGACAGCCACGCAUGGGGCCUGCGAGACUUCCUCAAGGAGGUUCCCGAGGGCCGCCGCUUGGCGCUCCUGGAGGACACCUUCUCCCUGGCCCGACAGACGGAGAUGUCCUGGGACACAAAGGUGACCUGGUGCACGGCGCUCGUGGCAUCGCUGACCUUUGUGCAGCAGAACGUCUCCUCGGCGCUCGAGCUCUCCUCCAGCAUGUUUCUGCGGUAUCGGAAACUGAUGCGCCUGGAGCAGACCUUCGACGUGCCGACUCACCUGGCCUUCCUGGAGCACGUGCCGCAGUGGUUCGACGAGAUGCCGGUCUUCAUGAAUUCCAUCGGCCACUCCCGGCCGGACCGCGCCGAGCUGCUUUUCUCGCGGAGCUCCCGGCUCUGCACCGCUGAAAACAGCAGCCGCCUCCAAACCUCCAGGGCCUCGAGUCACACGAGCUGGAUGCCGGAGCGUCGGACGUGGGCCGAUUCUACCGGCUACUGGGCCUGGCACGGCCACGGGGCAGCGACGCUCCUGGAGGCCCUUGGUUCUGGUGGGCGCCUGGGGUCCUCCUUGAGCUACACCUUCUGGGCCCUGCGCUCCCUGGACUUGCCGGAGCCUCGCUGCCACACGCAGACGGAGGUGCUCUACGACCCGACGGCGUGUCUGCAGGAGCAGGGCUGGGCCGGCUACGUCUACAUGGACUCGGCGAGGGCGGACAAGACCGUGGCCAGGUACGAGCCCCGGAGGUGGAAGGGGCAGCGCGUGCACCCGACCCCUUUCGAAAUCCAGUCCCUACGAGACGGCGUGGUGGCGCCGCCAGAACCCAUGGACGUGCUGGUAGGCCCCAAAGUGCAGAAACGGGAGUGGGUGGUCGAAAUGCUGCGUGCAGAGAGCAUGACAAUUAGCAAACUCGUUUAUGUGGCCAUCAACCCUCUGCUGCCGCCACCGGCGUUGGCAGAGCCCAAUUUCACUACCGCCUUUGCUGGCUACUGGCGGAAGUCGCCAGAGCAGCUGGCGCGAGGCGCCGUGGCCGCUCAGUGCUCCCUGGCCAGCACCACAGAGGUGCUGCGGCCGCUGUCCUACUCCCUGCUCCAGGUCGAGCACCUCUACGCAGUGUACGUGCACAGUGCCUUUGCGGAGAUGGCACCUGACGAGAUGAAGGAGUUCGAGGAGUGGCGGCUGGGCUGGUUCUGCUCGCCGCUUUCUCGGUACCUCAUGGGCUUGGAG